UCCCCGCCUCCUCCCUCGUCUUCUCUGGACUUCAGGGAAGAGGUUUGGGAGUCUGGAAGUCGGCUCGGAAAGUGAAGGAAGCUGUUCUUAAUCUCCCUGCUCAGAAUGAGCCAGUCUUGGUGAUGACCCCACCUUCAGAAGCCACCAGACUAUGUGACAGUGGGGGUUUGGGCCAGCCUGAGAAGAGCAAGCUGAACCACAGUUCUCUACUCUCCCAAGAGCAGAAAAUGAACAUACCUCAGGCAUCAGUAUCAUUCAAGGACGUGACUGUGGAGUUCACCCAGGAGGAGUGGUGGCAGAUGGACUCUGCUCAGAGGACCCUGUACAGAGAUGUGAUGUUGGAGAACUACAGCCACCUCGUCUCAGUGGGGUACUGCUUUACAAAACCAGAACUGAUCUUCAUGUUGGAACAAGGAGAAGAUCCGUGGUUAUUAGAGAAAGAAUUUGUAAACAGAAGUUCCCCAGAAGAAUCCCAACCUGAUGAACUCUUACAGGAGAGCCUAGAAAACCAGGGCAAACAUUUGAGAAUGGAGUGGAGAUCACCCCCAGCAAAACCAAAGGGGCUCGUGCACAGAAGAUGAAAGAUUACAAAGUAGAAAGAAACAGGGCCAAAGAGUGACUGUUGAAUGAAAUUUUCUUCUGCAUGUACACAGACAUUUUGCUGUGAUGAAAUAAACUUGUUCUCUGCUGGGCUUCUA